CUGUUGUAAACUCUACUGUGCCUCUCAGAGAAAGUUUACGCCUGAAACGGCGUGUGGUAUGUCUGGACCACGGGUACCACCUUCUACGUUGACUGCUACACCUGCCAAAGAGAAAGGGAGGGGCAGAAAUGCUGCUCUACCCCGUACCGAUACCAACACUUCCAAGACCUCCUCUAUGCACCCCGACCGUAUCGAGCGGUUAGCCCAACCAGAUGCGCCCAGAGGGCCUGCCAAGCGGAAGGAGGCACCGUCGUCCCGAGGGAGCAGUCCUCCUCAUAAACAGAGACCACCUCCUCGCCCUGAAGACGGAGCGUUGAGGAACUAUUCUGCAGAGCAGAGAGGACGAUCAGCAACGGAACCAGAGCGUGUGGACCCCCGUCGAGAUCCCCGUCGCAAUGGGAGAGUUGCUGUUCGUACUCCUGGACCGGAAGCUACUCCGACUACACUGGGCGAUGGCUAUUUCGGAAAUCAGCAGCCGAACGCAGCACAAAGUGCCCCGAAAGUGCCAUCAAUGGUUGGGACACCUACUACGGAAACCCCACCUACAAGAGGAGUAAAGGAGACUCUACCAAAUAAAAGUAUAGUUAACGGCUCGUCUGCGAGCGGUGCACUACAACCAAGGCUUCUAAAAGACCGAGAUGGGCAGUCCUCGUCAGACCCAAUAGCGCGUCUCCGAGAGCACAAGGACAGAGCUGCGCUUCGCGCACGAGAGGAGAGACUGAAGGUCGAAGAUCUGCUUCGCCUGCGAGAGGAAUACGAGAGAUACAAGUCAGCAACGGACGACCAGAUCAAGAAGUUUCUUGACAUGGUUAAUCGGCAAGUCGAAGACUCCAACAAGCGAGAAACUCAAAUCAGCAAGGAGCGAGAGUCGUGGCUCCAAGAAAUGCGCAAGGAGAAGGAUGAAUGGCGCGAGCAAGUGAGAAAGGAGAGAGAUGCGUGGCGCAAGCAGCAAGAGGAGAUGUCUCAGAAGCAGAAAGGGCCAGGCGCCGCAGCUACAGAUCAACUCCAGAAAAGGUUCAAUGACCUCAAGUCUGACGUUGGCAAUCUGAGGAAAGAUUGUCAAACCCUUCAGACAAAACAUCAAGCCUUGGCCGAGCAGCGAGAUACGCUCCUUAAGGAAUACGGCGCCCUUCUCAAGCAGGAAAUCGGUGCUCAUAUCAAGAUCGAGAAAUUCGAUGCGGUCAAAAACGAUGUUGCAGAUUUAAAAGCUGAUAUGAGAUCCCUACAAGACGCCCAGGGCAAAACCAGGGACUCAUUAGAGGCUUUGCGCAUGGAAACUACCGAGAUCAAGAGUGCUACCGGCCGACAACUUAAGGAAUUGGCCAGCACUCAGGAGAAGGUAGUAAGGAGACUGGACAAGCUCGAAAACGCUCCGAGGAAUCCCGAACCUAUCAAAAACGACACUGCUGAACUAAAGCCUGUUGUUGAGAAGCUUGAUGAGAGAUUGGCUGCGAUUGAACAAGACGUGAGCAGACUCAAAGACGAUGAUGGGCACGAUAUCCUGGAUUCUGUCAUCAAACUCUGCGCGCCAUUUGAAUCGGCUAUCAAAGAGCUGCAGAACCGCCCAUCACUUCGGACGGAAACCGAGAUAGCACAGUUUCGCGAACAAGUUGCGGACAACAUCAUGUCCAGGCUGUAUCAGUCGCCCGAACUACAGGCCAAAAUCGUCGAAAUUGUUCGCGCCAAUCAGGCAAAUCUUCUCCACCAAGCUCUUGCGGAGCAACGUGAGGGACUUCGCACUCAAGUUUGUGAGGAGGUCGGUACAGACUUACAGGGCCGCAUCCAGAAAGAGAUUACGGCUCAGUCUGGGAAAUUCCAGGCAGACCUUUCUCGUAACCUCAGUGAGGAGCGGCAGUUCAUGACCGAGCAAGUCCGCACGGCAGUGGUUGCUUGGCUAUCCGACAACAAACAGUCCAUAACCGAACCUCUUCUCGCUCCAACAAAGACGGCCCUGAAGCACCUGCAGGACAGAAUGGAUAACAUAUCCACCAACGAGUUAUUCCAGCAGAUGGUGCAUUUCAUGCAGUCGGAAUAUAAUGUCCCCACCAUCAUCAACAGACUCAACGAGGUACUGGCCUAUCAGCAGGUUCUGGAAACUACGACGUUGCCAGUCCUUCAAACCGAUGUGGCAGCUGGGAAAUCAGCUCUCGACAAGCUCGAAGCGAAAGUCGUGGAACAAGAUAAGGCACUCUUGGAGCAAGCUGCCAAGACCGCAGCGCUUUCCGGUGGAGUUGAGGAGCAUGCGAAGCAGCUCACCAAGCUGGAGGAAGUAACGAGCGAUAUGAAGGGUUUCUGCACGCGUGUCCCGUUCGUGGAAGCGCGCAUGGCGAGAUCCGAACAAAUCAUUAGGGCGCUGAAUGAUAACAGCGAUCAGCCUCUGGAAGGCAUCGACUUUGAUCCUUUGGCGGAGACAACGGCCGAGUGAACGACUAUGCGAAGGGGAUCCCGCCCCGUCGUGAUAUAGCGGAGUGUUGGCGUUCGAAAGGUUCAACGAGUCUAUGACUCUCAUAAGCGAUGUCUGGAUUUGUGGAGGUUUCUCCUCGGUUUGGCGUUCAAGGUUGUUUGGAUGGAAGACGGUGUUAUGAAGGCGACUCUUCCGGCGGGAUUUCUUUUGUCCAAAUGGCCUUUCUUCUGAGCAUAUCAUAUACCCCUUUCCUUUUAGGGCGCAUAGGCCCUCUGCAUGUACAUCGAUGGUACUCAUGUUCCAAGCGAAAGGCCACCAAGUGUGUGGUGUACUUUUUGUAGAGGAGGGUAAUGAAUU